UGGAUCCUCCUUAUCCUUAUAUUCUGCAACAUCAAGAGGCCCAGCCACAGUGAGAUAAAGACAGGCUACCUGUCAAUUAUUAUGGAUCCUGGUGAGGUGCCCUUGGAGGAGCAAUGUGAAUAUCUACCUUAUGACUCCAGCAAGUGGGAGUUUCCUCGGGAUAGGCUAAGACUUGGUAAAGUUCUAGGACAUGGUGCUUUUGGUAAAGUGGUUGAAGCAUCAGCUUUUGGCAUCAGUAAAAGUAACAGCUGUGAGACAGUGGCAGUCAAGAUGCUAAAAGAGGGAGCCACAGCUAGUGAGCACAAAGCUUUAAUGUCAGAGUUGAAGAUUCUCAUCCACAUUGGAAACCACCUCAAUGUUGUAAAUUUACUGGGAGCCUGCACAAAAGCAAAUGGGCCACUGAUGGUCAUUGUAGAAUUUUGCAAGUAUGGAAAUCUGUCCAAUUAUCUGAGAACAAAGAGAGAUGGAUUCAUUCCUUAUCGGGAGAGAUCUCCACGGUCACGCAGUCAAGUCCGAUCAAUGGUGGAGGCUGUAAUAGCUGACAGGAUAAGCAGAGAAGGAGUCAACGAAGAGGCCAUUUUUGGAAGGAUGCUGAUAACCAAAAAUCAGAGUCAGAGGAACCCAGAGUUGAAAGAUUUGUGGCAUUGUCCACUCACCAUGGAAGAUCUGAUUUGCUACAGUUUCCAAGUGGCCAGGGGUAUGGAAUUCUUGUCAUCCAGAAAGUGCAUCCACAGAGAUUUAGCUGCCAGAAACAUACUGUUAUCUGAAAAUAAUGUUGUAAAAAUCUGUGACUUUGGUCUGGCCAGAGAUAUUUAUAAAGAUCCU